AUGCAUAUACAGAUUCAGGUGUUGACAAAUCAGCUCGCCAAGAUUCAGGCUGCACCAGCAGCAGAACCUAUGGCUGAGCAAAAGUUCAACAAAAAAGUCAAGAUUAUCGCUGACCCUGGUGCUUUUGAAGGAGACUGGGCUCAAUUUGCCGAAUGGUGGAUCAAGCUCCAAAUUUGGAUUAAAGCGAACUGGGACGUAAUGCAAGAGUGCUACACCGCGGGAGUGUGGCCUACCUGGGAUGAUCUCAAAGUCAAGAUCAAAAAAUACUUCAAACCGCAAGCUGAGCAUAACUGGGCACAUCAGCAAAUCCAUACCUUCAAACAAGGAAAUAUGAGGACAGAUGACUUCGUUACCUGGUUCCUGGCCCUCUCCAUCCAAGGGGGUUUGGUAAAUGAACAUGCAGUGGAGCUGUUGGAGCGCAAUGUGAACCCCCACAUUGCAGAACAACUUUACAUACAAGAUAUGUGGCACGAGAACCUUGCAGCAGCUGCUGAGGAGGUUCAAAAAUUUGGUAGGGCCAUAGAGCUCUACGCUAUGCAAUUUGGUGGCAGAUCCACCACCAAAAACAAUCAUUCCCAGAGGAGCCCUGGGUCAUCAAACCAAAAAAAACAUAUAUAG